ACCUUCACCAAACAUCCCACCGAGGAGCAGGCAAAUUCCUUGUCUCUUACUCAGCAUGCGGUUGCAGGUUUCGAUCAGCCUCGUGGCUGCUUGCUACUGGGCUCUCGCUUCUCUAUCCGCAGUCUCCGCAGCAGUCGCACCCAAUCCAGAUCCCACUUAUCACAUUCCCCGAAUCGGCGUUCCCAAAUUAUCUUCGCUCACAUCAGCCUCUCAAUUCCUCACUCCGCGUUUCCAUCGCAUCAUCAGAGCAGACGAGGACAAGUCGAAGAAGACGAACACCGCGCUGUUUGUCGCAUCGGAACAGGGCGGAUUUGGAGCGCUGAAUCCCAGAAAUGGAGAUAUUGUGUGGAGAAGAGUGGUCAAUGAUACAGAUCCCGUGCAAGGCUUUUGGCUCAGCGCUGAUGUCGCACUGUACUUGACUGGCCAUGGCGCUACGAGAGCCACGGUGCACAACGCACUGACGGGCCGUUUGGAAUGGUCUCAACUUCUUUCGUCUCCUGAUCAAUCCGAUCCUAGUCUUUUCUCCGCUCCUGACAUUAGCAUCCCCUCGUGGGCCGGACCAGGAUGUGAUGCUUCUUUUGUAGCACCUGGCUUUCCUGCCGGCGACAUCAUUGUCCUAGAUGGGGCCAAACGCAUUAGGAGGCUUGAUGGGACUACCGGUCAACAGCGGUGGAGAUGGAGUGAAGCCGAGGUUACGAAGGAUCGCACGCUUGUUCGCGUGUUGGCAAGCGAAGCAGCUGUGCACGUUGUCUCUCUGGCUCCAACCUAUUCCACUCUGCCUUUGAUUGGCUCAAAAGAGCCCACGGGCUUCGAUGUGCGCAUCUACACGCUCUCGCUGACCGACGGAAAGCUGUUGGAUAUUCAGGAUGUAGGCGCAGCCAUCGCCCCUGUUGGUCCCUUGGCUGGCUACGGCGGCAAAGCCACGACCGGUGGUGCUGCGAACAUUGCGCUGGUCAACCUUGCUGCUACUCGACCACGCCAAGGAAGCGAAGUAACACCUGCGGGACAGAAGCCUCCACUCCAGCCUCAUCUGGUCUGGGUACACAAGGAUGGAACGAUCAGAGCCGUCUCGUGGCCAGUCGGUCUGAGCUCUCCAUCUGAUGAGGAUGCUCCUGCUAUUCAAGCGAGACAGGCUUCCAACGUUCUCACUCUCAAGGCCCUCUCAAGUAGCUUUGUUGCCUUGCGAGAAGUCAAUCUCGGUGAGCGUGGCGUGCUCAUCGCCAUCAGGGAAGAUGGAAAAGCAGAGGUUAUCCGCGUCGAUCAUGCUCAAGGCAAUGAAGGAUCAAAGCAAGGCAAAGCUGCGCUCUACUCCCGAUGGGAAUUUGAGGAGGAUGCUCGCGAUGCUGUAUACAGCGGCACAGUGGACAAGCAGGGGUCAGCAUAUGUGAAUAGACUAUUCUUCCAAGCUUCUCAACAGUUGGUCAAUUUCCACGUCUACUGGCUCGACUCGAAAGAUCCUGGCGGGCAGGGCCAGAUCACUGGUUUCAGCUUUCAGUUCGAUCAUGAUCUGAACGGAGAUAUUCUCGCUGCGCCGUUCGAAGUAUCGCCCGUGUCGUCGUAUCAGGUCAUUACGCGGUCCGCUUUCAUCACUGCCUCUGGAUCCGUCAGGCUACUGCAAGAUGACCGACAUCACUGGAUGAACGAAGAGGGUCUGGCCGAGACUGCUGCCGCAGUUCUGGUAGACUUGCCUGAGCGCCAGAUCGGAAGUGUCGUUUCGGCGGAUUUCGAGAGUGGUGGCUUAGAGCUGAAGCUGCGAGCAGCAGCUGCCCGAGCUGUGCUGGAAGGCGAGACCUUCUUCGAGCGCUUGCAGCGACAUGGAUUGGCUUUGCAGCUCGCGCCAUCCUGGCUUCUUAGCGUCAGCAUCAGCUUCAUCGAGGGUCUAAAGAGUUUGAUCUCAGAUCCUCGCCUCUUUGCGACUUCGCACUACGCGGCUCAGCGCGGAGCUCCUCCACCACCACCGAAGCCCACCGCGAGCGAAGAUGGUACGACACGACAAUUCAAACGAUACCCAGCGGGAGGCGUUGCUGCUGCCGAGGUGCCUGACGCCAGGCGUCGGGUUAUCCCUCGCCCUGCGCGUAUUCCUCAAGGUGGGAAAGCUGCUCGACCUGCGCAUCUUGCUCAAGGCCCUCCACCUCCAGCUGCACUUGCACCGCGUGCCGCAGAUUCCAACAUCACUGCGCACCUAUUCCGAGACAGGCUGGGUUUCAGAAAGGUCCUAGUGAGCGCCACGACACGCGGUAAAGUGUACGCCAUGGACACGGAUACGAGGACAUUUGUGUGGGAAAAGAGUCUUGUCGGUUUUGGAGCUGGCGAGGGAGCACCUGUGCCGAUCGUCAAUGUGCGGUUCCUCAGCGUCACUAGACCUGUGGGAGGGGCGAGCUCGGCAAAGGAUAGCAGGACUGACAAGGAUGCGAAUGCCGAUGCGGCUGCCCAUCUUGGACCUCUGAUUACCAUCGUUGCUGAUGUAGAAGAGCAAGGCACGACCCUUACGAGAGUGUGGGAGCUUGAUCCUCUGACGGGCGUCUUUCCUGCUGGGGACGCUGCGCAGACCGGCCUUCCGCUGCUUGUGGGCAAGGCGAAAGACGUCUUCUUACUGCCGUUCGAAGACGACGUCACCAGACAGCAAGCGGUGGGCGCCAUCGACCCCAACAAUGGGUUAGUACUUUGGCCUCGCACUCCAUCCGUCGCAGCCGCCUUCGAAAAGAUUGCGAAGCAAUUCUUCUACCUCACGCACACGACUCAUGAGGAUCAGGCGACAGGCCAGAACACUUCAAUCUUGAAUGGCUUCGUCGUACUUAACGGCCAAACGCUCGAGUCUGCGCCAGCAUGGCAGAUGCGCUUUGAGCCGGGCGAGGAGAUCGUCCACCUGAUACAUGGAUCGAACGGACCUAUAGCCAGCCAGGGUAAAGUUCUUGGAAAUCGCAAGACAAUGUACAAGUACCUCAAUCCGCACGGAGUCGUCGUUGUGACGCGACUAUCUGGCCCAGCUUCUCAGAGGGGCGACUCAGCUCAUGUCUAUGUGAUCGACUCGGCUAGUGGUCUCACACUCUACUCUCGACGUUUGAUAGACCACGAUCUGGCUGCAGGCCAAGACUCACUUCAAGCAGCGUUUGCUGAGAAUUGGAUCACCGUCGCAUACAGGGUCAAUGGUCACGAUGCUCACGAGGUCAGCACAAAGCCUCAAAACGAAGUGCUGUCGGGUGACGAAAAGAGCAGCAAAGCAAAGACGAUUGCGCUCAAGCCGGAGACGCGAUUACUGUCGCUGGAGCUGUACGAGGCUGAGACGGCUCGAGAUCAGACGUGGGACUGGAGAGGCAGCAAAAGCAGCUUCAGUCCGGUGGUUGGCGGUCCCGAGGGAGUCAGACCCUUUGCGCAGACCUACGUUUUGCCUCACGCGAUCACAUCCUUGGCAAUGUCCAAGACCAAGUUCGGAAUCACCAGCAAGUCCCUACUCAUGACCACCGUCAAUGGCAAUCUGUUGAGCUUGCCUCGAAGGAUUUUAGAUCCUCGCAGGCCUGUCGGUCGCAAGCCCACUUCGGAGGAGUUGGAAGAAGGUCUGUCCACUUUUGAUGCGUAUGUUCCCAAUGCGCCGCAACUCAGUGUCGGUGGUCAGUUCCGCAUCGAAGGUCCUAAAGGACUUGUCGUCGCACCGGCCGCAAUCGAGAGCACGAGCUUGGUCGCCGUGCUAGGUCUCGAUUGGAUCCUCGUCAGGAUCGCUCCUAGCGGCACAUUUGACAUGCUCAACCCAACUUUCAACAAGCCCCAGCUCGUCUUGACCAUCGUGGCGCUGACCGUGGGGCUCUUGGUCGCAAGACCGAUGCUCGCCACCAAAACCCUCAAAAUGAGGUGGUAGAACCAACGCAGGGACAGAAAUCACACCCAAGCGUGGGCGCACAUGGAUACAAUUUGCAUCGAUCUGUUUGGUCGCCAGGUCAUAGUUCAUGGCGCACGAGUGAGCCCUUGGAUCGAACUUGAUGAUCGUGCUUGGGAGAUGAGGUAUGAUAUUGCAGAAAGUUGAUGAUACCGCACAAUAGAUUCGAU